CAUAAAAUCCUCUCUCUCUCUCUCUCUCCCUGUUGACAGCCGCACUACUGUACAUGCGCCUCCAUCAUCAAUCCCCUGCUUCCUUCUUCUCUAGGGUUUCACCUUCAUCUUCUUCGUCUUCAUCUGCAUCUGCAACUUAGGGUUUCAAAAUCCACCAUAGCUUCUCAUCCAAUCAUCCACAACCCUAGGCUUCUGAACGAAGCUGGAUAACCCGCUCUCUAUCCUCCGAAGAAUCUCCAUGCGCCGCUGGUUUAGCGGCUUCGUUGAUUAGCGAUUAUUAUUAUUAUUCACUCACUCAUCAAUUUCGAACAGCUUUCAAAUUAGGUCCUACCUAGGGCUUCUUCCGUUUCAACUUGAAUGGCAUUGGGAGAUUUAAUGGAGUCUAGGUUUUCGGUUUCUAAUCAUCUCGAUCGGUACUCGAAUUCGCACCGGUUGGAUGUGAAUUCAACAAAUUCAACGAAUUCAACUGUUGUUGUUGUUCAGGAUGUUGUAGUGCAUGAUAAUAGGGAUAGUAAUAAUAAUCAUAGGGUUGAUAGUGGAGUACAGAGUAGGGAGAAUGAUAGGAAUGUGGAUAGGGAGGAUUCGGAGACUGUUGCUAGUAGUAGUGGUUAUGGAAAUGUGGUUGUUAGUGGGAUACCGGCUACUAGUAUGGCGUAUUUGCCCCAGAAUGUUGUGUUGACUGAGCUUAGACAUGAGGCGUUUGAGGCGGGUGCUCCUUCUGGUCCUGUGGAUAGCGGUUUGGUCUCGAAAUGGCGGCCUAAGGACCGGAUGAAAACAGGAUGUGUUGCACUUGUUCUAUGUUUGAAUAUUAGCGUUGACCCACCUGAUGUUAUAAAGAUUUCACCUUGUGCCAGAAUGGAGUGCUGGAUAGAUCCGUUCUCUAUGGCCCCACAGAAAGCACUUGAAACAAUCGGGAAAACAUUGACUUUUCAGUAUGAAAGGUGGCAACCUAAGGCCAAAUACAGAAUCCAGCUAGACCCCACAGUGGAAGAAGUGAAGAAACUCUGCACCACAUGUCGAAAAUAUGCAAAAUCUGAAAGGGUUUUGUUUCAUUAUAAUGGUCAUGGUGUACCUAAGCCAACUGCCAACGGCGAAAUAUGGUUUUUUAACAGGAGUUAUACACAGUAUAUUCCCUUACCUAUCAGCGACCUCGAUUCGUGGUUGAAGACUCCAUCAAUAUAUGUUUUUGACUGUUCAGCCGCAGGGAUGAUAGUCAAUGCUUUCAUCGAGCUUCAGGAUUGGGGUCCAUCAAGCUCUUCCGGAACUUCACCACGCGACUGUAUUCUACUGGCGGCUUGUGAAGCACAUGAGACGUUACCACAAAGUCACGAGUUUCCUGCUGAUGUGUUUACUUCUUGCCUUACAACUCCCAUCAAGAUUGCAUUGAGAUGGUUUUGCACGCGUUCCUUACUACACGAGUCACUUGAUUAUUCACUUAUAGACAGAAUUCCUGGCCGUCAAACCGAUCGUAAAACACUGCUUGGUGAGCUGAACUGGAUUUUUACCGCAGUAACAGACACAAUAGCCUGGAAUGUUCUGCCACAUGAUUUAUUUCAGAGAUUAUUCAGGCAAGAUCUGUUGGUUGCAAGUUUGUUUCGGAACUUUUUACUUGCUGAGAGAAUUAUGCGCUCUGCAAACUGUUCACCUGUUUCUUAUCCAAUGUUGCCGCCAACUCAUCAGCAUCAUAUGUGGGAUGCAUGGGAUAUGGCUGCUGAAAUCUGUCUUUCUCAGCUUCCAACAUUGCUCGAAGACCCUAAUGCGGAAUUUCAGCCAAGUCCUUUUUUCACAGAACAACUGACAGCAUUUGAGGUUUGGCUCAAUCAUGGGUCUGAACAUAAGAAACCGCCUGAGCAGUUGCCAAUUGUUCUCCAGGUUUUACUCAGUCAAUGCCAUAGAUUUCGUGCCUUGGUGCUUCUUGGCAGAUUUCUUGAUAUGGGUCCAUGGGCUGUUGACCUGGCUUUAUCAGUUGGAAUUUUUCCAUAUGUUUUGAAGCUAUUACAGACGACUACACCUGAACUUAGACAAAUUCUUGUGUUCAUAUGGACAAAAAUCUUAGCACUUGAUAAGUCAUGCCAGGUGGAUCUGGUGAAGGAUGGGGGCCACACAUAUUUCAUCAGGUUUUUGGAUAGUGUGGAAGCAUUCCCCGAACAACGCGCAAUGGCUGCAUUUGUUUUAACUGUCAUUGUUGACGGACACAGAAAGGGUCAAGAAGCUUGUAUCGAAGCCAACCUAAUUCACGUCUGUUUAAAACAUCUUCAAGGUGGUUCAACCUCCAGCGACACUCAAACUGAACCACUUUUUUUACAGUGGCUGUGUCUUUGUUUGGGAAAACUUUGGGAAGAUUUCACAGAAGCACAAAUUAUAGGCGUGCAGUCUAAUGCUCCUACUGUAUUUUCACUUCUACUUUCCGAGCCCCAACCCGAGGUCAGAGCUUCUGCUGUAUUUGCAUUGGGCACUUUACUCGAUGUUGGCUUUGAUACAUCUAGAGAAGUUGGAGAUGAUGAACGUGAUGAUGAUGAAAAAGUUGCGGCUGAAAUUAGCAUUGUUAAAAGCCUUUUGAAUGUUGUUUCAGAUGGAAGCCCAUUAGUUAGGGCUGAGUUGGCAGUAGCUCUUGCGCGGUUUGCUUUCGGCCACAAUCGUAACCUGAAAUCUAUAGCUGCUGCGUAUUGGAAACCACAGCCUAACUCUGUGCUGAGUUCUUUUCCUUUUACAGUUAGGAAUUCAGUUAGUGGUUACAACACUCCUACCCAGUAUUCUCAAAUCGGUCCGUUGUCGCGGGUUGGUGGUGACAGCCAAUCUGCUGCACGAGACGCGCGGGUUUCCUCCAGCAUCCCGCUUGCUACAUCUAGUAUAAUGCACGGGUCACCACUUUCUGAUGACUCAUCACAGCACUCGGAUCCCGGCAUGCUAACCGAUUGUAUCACAAACGGGGCGGUUAAUCAUGCAAAGCCUAGACAGUUAGACAACGGGUUGUAUACCCAAUGUGUAUCCGCCAUGUGUACACUAGCAAAGGAUCCGUCACCGCGGAUUUCGAGUUUGGGCCGACGGGUUCUUUCUAUUAUUGGAAUUGAACAAGUGGUGACUAAGUCCGCUAAAGUCACCGCCGCUGGCGGUGUACGAGCGGGAGAAUCUUCAACCACCACCACCAGUCUUGCUGGAUUAGCGCGCUCAUCUUCGUGGUUCGAUAUGAAUGGAGGAACGGGUCAUCUACCGUUGACUUUUAGAACACCCCCUGUUAGCCCUCCAAGACCAAGUUACUUGACCGGAAUGCGAAGGGUUUGUUCUCUUGAGUUCAGACCACAUUUAAUGGACUCGGGGCUAGCCGACUCGCUUUUGGGUUCACAUGGGGUUCCUGGUUCGUCAGAUCGCAGUUUUCUUCCACAAUCUACCAUCUACAACUGGAGUUGCAGUCAUUUUUCAAAACCACUUCUUACAGCAUCCGAUGACGCUGAUGAAAUCACGGUUAAACGUGAAGAAAGGGAAAAAAAUGUUUUUGAACACAUCACAAAGUGCCAACGCUCCCCUGGUACCAAUCUGCAUAAUCCAAUUGCUCGAUGGGAUACAAAGUUUGAAAGCAGUGCUAAAACAUCUUUGUUGCAGCCUUUUUCUCCAAUAGUGGUUGCUGCUGAUGAGGGUGAAUGUAUCAGAAUAUGGAACUACGAGGAAGCCACAUUAUUAAACAGUUUUAAUAAUCAUGAAUAUCCUGAUAAAGGGAUAUCAAAACUUUGUCUAGUGAAUGAGCUUGAUGACAGCUUGUUGCUUGUAGCCUCAAGUGACGGAAAUGUGCGAAUAUGGAAAGAUUACAUUUCGAGGGGCAAACAAAAACUUGUAACCGCAUUUUCUUCUAUUCACGGUCAUAGACCUGGUGUCAGGAGUGUUAAUGCUGUAGUUGAUUGGCAGCAGCAAUCUGGCUAUAUGUAUGCAUCUGGUGAAGUUUCCUCAACCAUGGUAUGGGACCUGGAUAAAGAACAACUUUUAACUUCUAUUCCUCUUGCAUCAGAUUGCACCAUUUCAGCACUGGCUGCUUCUCAAGUUCAUGGGGGUCAAUAUGCAGCUGGCUUUGUGGAUGGCUCGGUCAGAUUGUAUGAUAUUAGAACACCUGAUGGGCUUGUUUGUGUUACCCGGCCCCACACUCGUAGAGUAGAACGAGCUGGUGGUAUCAUAGAACGCGUUGUAGGAAUCGGGUUUCAACCUGGACUUGAUCCAGCAAAGAUUGUGAGUGCAUCUCAAGCAGGAGACAUACAAUUCUUGGAUAUCAGAAACCAAAGUGAUGCCUACUUGACCAUAGACGCACACCGUGGCUCAUUAACCGCAUUAGCCAUACACCGGCACGCACCACUUAUAGCCAGUGGCUCAGCCAAGCAACUCAUAAAAGUCUUCAAUCUUGAAGGCGAGCAAUUGGGCACCAUACGCUACUCACCAACUUUCAUGGCCCAAAAAAUCGGGCCCGUUAGCUGUCUAGCCUUCCACCCAUACCAGAUACUACUAGCAGCUGGUGCUGCUGAUGCCUGUGUUUCCAUAUAUGCUGAUGAAAUCUCACCACCAAGAUAAACAAACCCACCCACGUUCUGGUCCGAAUUCAAGGACUAUAGCUCGGUUUUCAUACGUUGACAAAAGCUAGAACAAACCGGCUCCUGGGGUGUUUUGUAAAGGUAUAAUACAUUCGUUUAAGCUUCCGGGGAAAGAAGGCUGUUGGUGAGUCUGGAAAGACUGAAGUACAUUUGGUGGAGGCUUUCGGCAAAUAAUUUGAUAAUACAUAGGUAUAAAAACGGUGUAAAUAUUUCAUUUUCUUUGGAAUUUGUUUUAUUUGGUUUAGUGUGUGUUUUUACAGCUUUGUUUUCACUAAUUUGUAAAAAAUGUCUCAUCCCUCUCCAUCUUUUAAGAUUAUUAAGUUUAUAUAUAAUGGAAAUUCCUUGUGAAGUUUGUUUA